CGCGCAGUCCUUAGAUAUCUGUACGCUUCGGCGAAGAGGAAGCGGAAAGAGAUAAAAUUGCGCGGCGGCAGAAGAGGGAGGGGAAUGUAGGCGGUGCAAUUAAGAGACGGACAGACGGACGAACGGACGGGCGGGCUGGCUGUCCGCCGGUACAGUCAUCCCCCGCCCCCAGUUCGUCGCUCGACAACGCACGAGGUGCAGCGGGAGUGCGAGCGCGCAAAUGUCAGACGGCUCGUGACGGCGCGAGGCGAGGAGUAGGAAUGUGACCGAGCGCAGCUUCUCACCGGGCGGAAUUUAAAUUCUCUCAGCGGUGGAUCAUCCGCGGGGACGGGGGGGAUACACGAUGGAGGGCCACCAGGUAAGAGCACUGUACGACUUUACGGGCGAGUCGGGGACGUCGGAGCUGUCCAUCACCGCCGGCGAACUCCUGACUGUCAUACGGGACAACGUAGGAGAUGGCUGGUGCGAGGGAUUUAAUCAGAGCGGGCAGUCGGGACUGUUCCCCGCGGCGUACGUCCAAGUGGUCGAGCAAACAGCGCCUUCUUCCAGUACGUUCGAUGCUAUGACAUCAUCCCAACAAAGUUCAGGUGAUUAUUGGGAUGAUGAUUGGGAUGAUGAUUCUGAAGUUGGACAAACGCAGGCUUACAUUCCGCCCAUGCAACAACAGCAACAGUCACAAAUCAUACAAUUGCCGCAGCAAAACAAUACUAGUGACUACGGCGAUCAAGUGUCAAUACAUAACAUACAUUCUGUGAUACCAGAGAAACCUAUACCCACUGUACCAAAGAAAAACAAUAAAUUUUCUACAUUGAUUAAAUCGGGAGAAGAUAGUUUCUUGCUGGGUGUUAAGAUGGUGACAGUGCCUGAGAGCGAAAAGAUUUUUGUAGAGGAAGGAGAGGGUGGCCGAUGCAGGUGGCUGCCAACUGGAGAGUCCUAUAAUUGCGUUGUCACAUCGCCUAAGAAGGAGUCUAAGUUGAAGGGUCUCAAGAGUUUCAUUGUCUAUCAGCUAACCCCUACGUUCAAUAACAUACAAGUCUCGAGGAGGUACAAGCAUUUUGAUUGGCUGCACGAACGCUUAGAAGAGAAAUAUUGCUUCAUCCCGAUCCCGCCUCUGCCCGAUAAGCAGAUAUCUGGGCGCUACGAGGAUGCGUUUAUCGAACAUCGACGUACGCAAUUGCAGGAGUUUGUCGAUUAUGUCUGCCGGCAUCCCGUGCUGUCGCGAAGUCGUGUUUGGGAACACUUUAUCACCUGCACGGAUGAGAAACGAUGGAAGGCAGGGAAACGACAGGCGGAGAAGGACGAGCUGCUAGGCGUGAAUUAUUUUAAUGCCAUCCAGAGCCCGGAUACGCCGCUAGACGUAAUCAAGAUGGAGAUUCAGACGGAUACCUUCGGUAGAUUUAUUAACGGUCUGGAUCCAGUGGUGAAGAAUUUCAUGGCCAUGGCGGUCGAUCAGGCAAAGAAGCAUCAGGUGCUGUACAAAAGGGAAUUCCAAAAGAUCAGUCAGUCGUUCACGUCGCUCAGCCACGCUCUUGAAGCGGACGAUAACGGCGGGAACCUGACGCGCGCGUUGAAGGCGACCGGCGAUGCUUAUAACGACAUCGGCAAGCUGUACGAGGACCAGCCAAAGUUCGAUUGGGAACCGUUAUCUGAUAAGUUCCACAUUUAUCGCGGUAUUAUUAGCAGUUUUCCCGACGUCAUCAGCAUCCAUAAGAGCGCUAUGCAAAAGCGAAGAGACUGCGAGCGACUGGUCAGCGAGCAUAAAAUGGAGCCACAGCAAUUACGUGAACUGUCUCAUCGGACUGACGUGAUAGCUCGCGCACUAAUCGCUGAGGAGACGCAUUUCCAGACCGAACGGGAAGUCCAUAUAAAUAAGGCCGUAAGGACGCAUCUUACGGAACAAAUCGCCUUCUAUCAGAAAAUAGUCGACAAACUACGGGAGGCGUUAAACGCUUUCGACGAAUGACAUUCGUAAUUGCCGUAAUCUGCCUAAGUAAUGUAAUCCUGAUCACUCUGACGUCAGUGCUAACAAAAAGAUAUUCUGCGUACCGAUCAUAACGAUAAAACGCAUACGAUUUCAGUGAAAUGAUACGAAAGAUGCAUGUGUACAUAUAUUAAAUACAUCAAUUUUGAGUAGAAGCAUAGUUCGAGAGUCGAGAGUUGAACAGUUGAAUUAUGGAUCACAAUUGAAACGGCGAUUGUCGAAACGGCUGUGCGCGGCCGUUUAAGUAUUUGUAAAGUGAUCAAGUGAAAUUGACAUGUAUAAUCACGCGAUGAUCGUUGAUAUAAGAAAUUGUAAUAAUAUAUUUUACAUUGAUAUUAAUUUUAAUGUUCAAUUCAUUGCGAUAUUUCCACGAAUUUAUUCGCCUCUCUCUCUCUUUCAUAAAA